AUGGCAACAAACAUGGGCAAUGCAUACUUGGAGGUGUGGCAGGCCAAUGAGAAUGGAGUGGAGGAGUGGAGAGAGAAGGACCUGGCCAGAUGGUGGAAGGGUGACGCGACCAAGAAGUACACAUUUGGAAGGUUUGAUCGUCAUCCAAUCAAGAUCAUCGUGCCCAAGGAAGUUACACUCGUGUGGCAGGACGAGUUCAUUCAUCCAUUGACUCAAGGUAUUGCCAAGGUCACUGUAUCAGCUGACCUCACCAAGUACUCGAUCAAGGCUCCACUCCAAGGUAUCGUCAAGAUCAAUGAUGGCAAGGUCAUCAUCCAGUUUGACGAUAUCAAUCAAGAGAUUAACCUUGGUGAGCGUGGUCCCAAGGUCACACCAUGGCCCAUCCAUGGUAUUGCCAAUCGUGUAUUGGUCAGUGGGGCGAUCGAGAACUUGGAUACCAGUCCCAUCCCAGAGGUCGCAGUGUUCCAGCAGGAGUAG